AUGGCGAGGACGGCGGAGGGGGAGCGGGGGGAGUCCAAGGGUUCGUUACGGAGUGGCACGGCGCUGGUGGCGGCGGCGGCGGCGGCGGCGGCAGUAGAAGAGGUGCUGGUGCGGCUGCGCCACGUGUACGACCACGACGCCGAGCUAUACGAGGAAUUUUCCCGCGAGCUGCUGUCGCCGGUGCUCCGCCUGGUGCCAUCGGCGCUGUCCUCCCUCGACGCCGUUCGGCUCUCGUCGAGGGUGGUGGUAUCCCUGCGGGAGAACUGCGUCGCCUGCCUCGUCCGAAAGGCUCUUCCGUCGACGGUGAUAGAUAGUGUAACGGUUUGA